AUGGCCGAAUACCUCGCAAGCAUUUAUGGCACUGAAAAGGACAAAGUCAACUGCUCAUUCUAUUUCAAGAUUGGCGCUUGUCGACAUGGAGAGCGUUGCUCCAGAAAGCAUGUUAAGCCGACCUUUUCACAAACGAUUCUAAUAGCCAAUAUGUACAAAAAUCCAGCACACGAACAACUAUAUACCAUGCCUCCUGAGCAGCUACAGGAAGACUUUGACAUGUUUUACGAAGAUGUUUUUACCGAAUUAGCGUCUUUUGGGGAGGUAGAAGAGAUGAUCGUCUGCGACAACAUAGGUGACCACUUGGUGGGAAACGUGUAUUGCCAAUUUCGAUAUGAAGAAGCAGCAGGGAAGGCCGUAGAAAGCUUGAAUAACCGAUUCUAUGCAGGUCGACCAUUGUAUGCGGAGUUGUCCCCAGUAACAGAUUUCAGGGAAGCAUGUUGUAGACAACACGAGGUUGCUGAAUGCAAUCGUGGCGGCUUUUGCAAUUUUAUGCAUCUGCGACACCCAACUAGGUCACUCAAACGGGAAUUAAUGGAUGCUCAACGUGCUUCGAUUCGAGAAAAAGAGCGUGAGGAACGUCAUCGCCGUAGAGAAGAGCAUGGAGGAGAAGAGGAUGAGGAUUAUCACCGUAAAAGGAGUUCGUCACGUCGUCGAGAUGAUGAUCGCUAUCGUGAUAGUGACCGACAUCGUAGACAUAGAUAUGAUGAUUACUAA